AUGGAGAAUAACGAUAAUAUUGAUGAGCAACAGUUGGAGAGCAGUGUCGAUGAGCAAGAGAUGAAGAAAGCUGUUGAUAAGAAAAAGAUGAAGAAAGCUGUUGGUAAGAAAAAGAGGAAAACUGAUAUCGAUGAGCAAGAGUGGGUGACUGAUGAUGAUGAAGAACAAGAGGAGGAAGAGUGGGUGAGUGAUGAUGAUGAGCAUGAGCAAGAGGAGGAGAAUGUUGUUGAUGUUGAUGAGGAAAAGGAAGUGGAAGAGAUUGAGAUGGAGACGGAGAGUAAAGUUGAACUUGAUGAGCAACAACAGACUUUGGUUUCUUCGUUUCUUGAAGUUGUUGCUGGGAAGUCGGUAGAGACUGCUAUAGAUUAUUUACAAGCAACGAACUGGAAGGUUGAAGACGCAGUUAGGUUGUAUUAUAGUCAAGAUAUACGUGGUGGUCUUUGGGGUUCUAGCCAAAGUGAUUUGCCGGUAGAUAACUCCCCUCAAGAUGAUAAUGAUGAUAAUAAUGAUGGUUCUUGGCAGGAUAUUUUCCAUGUGGCAAAACAAGUUGCUGAAACACAAGACAGGUGGUUGAUUGUGAAUGUGCAGUCAAAAAAAGAAUUCAGCUCUCAUGAGCUUAACCUGCAUACGUGGGGAAACGAAGCUGUCUCCCAAACUAUCGGCGCUAAUUUAAUCUUUUGGCAAGUUUACGAUGAUGUUACUGAAGGUCAAAAGGUGUGCAACUAUUAUAAGUUGACAUCUUUUCCUGUAAUCCUUGUUUUGGACCCAAUCACAGGGCAAAAGGUAAAAUCAUGGAGCGGAAUGGUUGAGGCCGUGCAGUUGUUGGAGGAUUUGGCACCUUUCAUGGAUGCAGGUCCUAAACAUCAUUACGCUCAACUUUAUCCUAAACGUCCAUCCGAAACCUCCCAGACUAGUGAAAAACAAGAAGCCGCAGCACCUGUAGCUCCAGCUUCUAUUGACAUAGAUGAAUUGAUGAUUGAUGAGCCAGUAACCUCUUCAAGCAAGAAGCUUACAUAUCCUGAUCUCCCUGAAGAGCCAAAGGUGGACAAAGCACUUCUCUGCAGAAUUGGAGCUCGCCUUCCUGAUGGACGUAGGCUCCAGCGAAAUUUCCUUAAAACAGAUCCACUCCAGUUGUUAUGGUCUUUCUGUAUCUCCCAUCUUGACGAAGCAGAGUCUCGGCCUUUUCAGCUGACUCAAGCCAUCCCAGGUGCAUCAAAGAUUCUUGACUUUGAAAGCAAGCAAACGUUCGAGGAGUCUGGAUUAGGAAACUCAAUGAUCUAUUUUGCUUGGGAUUGA